UGGCUGACGAAUGUAUUAUUCAUUUUGAAGUCACCGCAUCAUUGUUUAUGUAUGGAUGCAAUUUGACAGAUGGUAUAACCUAAGCUAAUUGAAAAGACCGGGUAAUCGUCUGUAAAUUAUAGUAAAUGGAGGAUGAAAGAGAUGAAGAUCUUGAAUCAGUUGCACCAGAAAGGAUCAAAACUGACACCGAAGAGAAGGAUGAAUCUAAAUCACAGAUAGUAAAAAUAGAAGAAACACAGGAAAGUCAAGUUAACUUGGAAAUUCUUGAAGCUGCAGAAUCAGAAGAACCUGCUGAACAACCGGUUUAUCAAAUACGUCCUCAACUGCACGAGAAGUUUAAACCACUGAGAGCUAAAGAAGUUAUACAUAAUAUAUUGUUCGAUCAGCUUUCCACAAAAGUAUAUGAUGCUCAAGAAGCUAUUCAAUGGACUAAAGACAUAGCUGAUAUAAUCAGAGAAAAAGUAAAAGAAUUGAACUUCAAACGUUACAAAUAUCUUGUAAAUGUGGUUUUGGGUGAGCAGCAUGGUGCUGGGGUAAAAAUGGGUACAAGGUGUAUCUGGGAUGCAGAGGCUGAUGCAUAUGCUUAUGAUAGUUUUGUAAAUGAUACAAUAUUCUGUGUUGCCACUGUGUACGCUGUAUAUUUUUAUUAAAAAGAUGAUAUAUUUUUCCCAAGUCAAUGCGAUAACUUAUUAUUAAGAACAGUAUUACAGAUGACAGAGAACAAAGGGAAAAUAAAUAUGCAAUCACGCUUCUAAGAAGAGGAAAUUGCUUUAUUAAAGUAGAA